AUGUUCCAGUCCUGGUCAGGAGCCCCAGAGGCAGGACCCAGUAGUCGGGGCUCCCCCAGUAACAUGUUCCAGUCCUGGUCAGGAGCCCCAGAGGCAGGUUUGGACCACCCUGGCCUGGAUUCGCAGUAUGAGAAUUGCCCGUGGAGCUCUGGUUCUCCCUGCAGCAGUGACACCAACAUCGUUAGCUGUGUUGGAAGCGAAGCUUCUUGCCCGUUCCCCUACCCGUUCUGUAACCCGUUCCGCAACGCGUUCCCCUACCCGUUCCCCUACCCGUUCUGUAACCCGUUCCGCAACGCGUUCCCCUACCCGUUCUGUAACCCGUUCCGCAACCCGUUCUGUAACGCGUUCCCCUACCCGUUCCGCAACGCAUUCCGCAACGCGUUCCCCUACCCGUUCUGUAACCCGUUCUGUAACCCGUUCCGCAACCCGUUCCGCAACGCGUUCCCUACCCGUUCUGUGCUGGUAGACUCGGUCUGCAGUGACGCGCCUUCCUCCUCGUCCAACUCGGCAUCCGGCAGCAGCUCCGGCAGCGACCCCGAGCUCACCUCAGAAUGCAUGGACACAGACUCCGCCUCUAGCUCUGGCGGCUCGGAGAAGAACUUGGUCACCGUGAUGACGUUGUCGUCGCCGCCCGGCGUUAACGGAGACCGUAACGGGAACCACUUCUCCCCCCUGACGGUGACUAACGGCUGCGCCCCUCCUCCCUGUAGCAGCAGCAAUAACGUCAUAAUGUGUAACGGGGCGGUGAAAAGCCCGUGGGGGGGCGUGACCAACGGCUCGGCGAUGAACGCCGGCCCCGACGACAACGACGCCUCCGCCCCCGCCGACGGUAGCCGCGGCAACAAGCCGAGCCACCGGGCGUCGGCCAACGGAGCUGGUGUGAACCCCAGCACUUUGAACCCAAAUGUUAACCACAGUGCCUGGCCUGGUCCCCAGGGACCCUCUGGCUGUAAGAUUGGCCAGCAGGGAGGCUCUCUGGGCUGGGGAGCGAUACAGCCGGACAGCCUCUCUCCGUCUCUAUCAGAACAACAGCACCACCUCCUGAAUGAUACUACUGUCAAGACUCACCACCUUAACACUGAAGCGACCAACGGACCAAAUAACACUACUAACGCCAUAAACACCUCUAGUUUACCAAACUCUACGGGCGGCUCAGUGCAGAGGAACGAAUCCGGCUCGGGGCAGCGUUCCUGGGGAGCUGGAGGAGGAGGAGGAGGAGGAGGAGGGUCAGAGCCUGGAGAUCAGCUCUCCAACGGGACCCUCUAUGGCGCCCAGCACCCCUACAGCGACGGCCUGGCAGGGGGCUUCUCUAAGCCCUGGGGGGUUUCGGGCCCUGGAGACACUGUGAACGGCCAGGGACAGGGCCAGCCCUCCUCCCCUGCUGCUGCUGCUGCUGUUUACAACAGUAAAAAUAACAGCAAGACCCCUGUAGGGAGGUGGGACUCUGGCCCCGCUGCUUCCUCCUCUCCUCACAACCUGUCCUUGGGGACUGGAGGAGGUGGGAUCAACGGGAACGGAGUGGGUCCUGCUGGCAUCCCCCGACCGUGGGGCAGCGCCUCCUCCUCUUCCUCCUGUUCUUCAUCUGGCUCCUCCUCCAACAGGCAACCCCCAAUGGGGGAGUGGAGCUCGUUGCCCGGCAACAAAUCUCAGGAUUCCAGCGACGGACGGAAGUCGGGGGGAGGAGCCAACGGCUGGAAGAGUCUUGAAGAUGAUGCCCUCAGGAUGGGAGGAGGAGUGCAGGGACAUGCGAGCGGGUGCUGGGGUACGUCUGGAGGCAGUGAGGGGAGCGGGGAGAGCUCUGUAGGCCGUAGCUUAGACCGGGACAGGAACGAUCCCCGUCGAAGAGUCCCCCUCCCUGGGUCAACUCAGCAAGUCCUCUCCUGUACAGACGUGGACCCCGUGUCCUCUGCAACACCGGCUGGGGUCAGACCCCCAUACGCCAGAACACAGCCUGGGACGUCACCUCUCCCGCCCCCAGACCCGAUGACAGGAAGCCCGGUAACGGAGGCCCUGGCUGGGGAUCGAAAAGCCACGCAGCCCGUUCUCAGACCUCCAGCUCUGGAGGAUGGGGGGGACGGGCCGGGAAAUACAAGCCCAGAGUCAGGAGGGCCUGCCUGGGCAGAGCAGAAGACCUUGUCUGGGUGUGGAGACAGAGACAACAAAGGCCCUGGAGGAGAGCGAGGAUGGGAGAACAGCAACUCUUCCUCUACCUGGGGUAACAGCCAGAAGGAAGAUCAGUCCAACACCUGGACGAACCCUCCUAAACCCCAAAAGCAGCAGAGCUGGGGCGCCCCUAGUGGUGGUGGAGACCGCUCCAGAGGAGGAGGGAGCAGCUACUGGGGCCAGCCCCAGAAGACUAGCGGGUCUGGGGGAUGGGACAACGACAGCGACCGUUCGGGGUCUGGAGGAUGGGGUGAACCCGGCCACCCGGUCAACACCAACACACACACCGACGACAGCAGCAGCACCUGGGGUGGCAGCGGAGGGUCCAACACCCCUGAACGCCCCAACAACCCUCACUCUGGCUGGGGAGAGCCCUCCGUAUCCAUCCCCGGACCCAAGCCCCAGAACCACCAGACCCAAGGGGGAUGGGGCGAGUCGGCCAUGAAGCCCAACCACCCUUCUCAGAACUGGGGAGACCCGGCGCCCCCUUCCGAUUGGGGUAAAAGCCCAGACUCUAAUUCCAACCCUGGCCAGGACCCUAGAGGACUUCCACCAGGUGGUCCCCAACCCUCAGGUCCCGGAGGUUCCAAACCCAGCGGCUGGACUGGAGGGGCGGUCCCUGUUGGAUCCUCCCACAAAGAGGAGGAGCCUACCGGGUGGGAGGAGCCUAGUCCAGAGUCGGUGAGGAGACGGAUGGAGAUCGACGACGGGACGUCGGCAUGGGGAGACCCCAACAAAUACAACUGUAGCGGGGUUAAUAUGUGGAACAAGACCAGCCAAUCAGAGCAGGAUGCCAUGGUCAUGACCAAACCCCUGCAGACCCAGCAGCCCCCACCACCCCUGAACAACAUGGCCGACAAGGACAAGACCUGCAGCCCUGGCUGGGGUGAACAGUACGGAGGUCCCCAGAAGAUGGAGUCAGGAACGUGGUGUGAGCCGUCAGGCCCCCCUGUCUCUGUGGACAACGGGACAUCGGCCUGGGGGAAACCCAUGGACACCAGCUCCACCUGGGAGGAGCUGGGACACAGAGGGGACAGAGACAGAGGGGACAACUCUGGGACGGGAGGCUGGGAAGGACCUGGACCACAGAACCACCACAAACCUGGUCCCGUCCCCCCUCGUCUCCCCCCGGGUCCCGUCUCCCCCCGGGUCCCCGGCUCCCUCCGGGUCCCGUCCCCCCGGGUCCCGUCCCCCCUCGUCUCCCCCGGGGCCCGUCCCCCCUCGUCUCCCCCGGGUCCCCUCCCCCGGGUCCCGUCCCCCUCGUCUCCCUCCGGGUCCCGUCCCCCCCGGGUCCCGUCCCCCUCGUCUCCCCCCGGAGGAGGAGGUGGAGAUCGGGAUGUGGAGCAACGCCCCAAGUCACGAGACCGGGAGAGAGACGGUCACAGAGAGAACCACAGAGACCGGGAGAGAGACGGCCACGGUCAGGACAACAGGAACAAUGGGCCCCAGCAACACAGCUGGAACUACAUGAAGAAAAUCCCUCCUAAGAUGAACAAAUCAGUGAACAAGCAGGAGGAUGCCUGGAUGACCCAGUUUGUUAAACAGUUCAACAACAUGAACUACGUUAGGGACUCUCCUGAAGACUUGUCGAAGAGCAAUAAGAUGGAGAUGGGAGGAGGGAUGAUGUCAGACAAGCGUAUGGAUGUGAACAUGGGAGAGUACAGUGGAGUGAUGGGGAAAAACCCUGCCUCCAGGCACCAGAUUCACAAAGAGCCUUCCAUGGAGAGAAGCCCUUACUACGACAAGAAUGUAAAUUCCAUGUACGGCAGCAGUGUAGCCCCGUCUCAUAACGCUCCCCAGCCCCUCAACUCAGCCCAGAACAAUCUCCGUAACCAAGUGCCUCCACCCGUCCUGUCCUCUCAGGUCCCUCCCUCUCUACUGAAGUACCCUCCCAGUGCAGGAGGUCUGAACCUGUUUGGUCCACAGCAGGUCGCUGUUCUCAACCAGCUGUCUCAGCUCAACCAGCUGUCUCAACUCAACCAGCUUAACCAGUUACAGCGUCUCCUCCUCCAGUCGCAGCAGCAGCAGAGGACCAUGCCUGGUGGACAGCAGCAGAAUCACAGACCCAUCCCUGGUGGACACCAGCAGCAACAGGGCCGUCCUAUUGGUUCGUCCCAGUCGAUGAUGCAGCCUCCGCAUCACCUUGACCCCUCCCUCCUGAAGCAGAACCCCGCCCACCAGCCCCAUAAGUCCUACAUGGACAACUACAUGCCCCAGAAUGCAUCUGAGCUGCAGAAGGAGCCCAACUCCAUGGGCUCUUUUACCAACUUCCCUUUAGGCUUGACCUCUAACCUGAAUGUAGGCCUGGACAUGGGGUCUGGUGUGGGCUGUAAGGAGCCUCAGUCUCGUCUGAAGAAAUGGACGGCCAUGGACGUUAACUCGCCUCUGGAGCGAAAACCUGGUGCCAUGUCGUCUGGGCUGCGUCUGGAAGAUUCUCCCUUCGGUCCGUACGACUUCCUGUCUGCUGGCUCCGCCCCCCUCAACUCUCCCGGCCAAUCAAUGGGCUCGGUGGGCGACAGCUGGCCCCCUCGUGCCAAAUCCCCCCAUGGAAACACAAACGUUACCUGGCCCCCAGAGUUCCGGCCCGGGGAGCCAUGGAAAGGUUACCCCAACAUCGACCCUGAGACUGACCCUUUCGUGACCCCUGGUAGUGUCAUCAACAACCUCUCCAUCAAUACCGUCCGCCACGCAGACCCCCUCAGAGACCUGCCAGGACCAUCCUCAUCUCUGAACACCACGAUGCCUUCUAACAGUGCCUGGUCAUCUAGUCGUGCCUCCAGCCACAGUGGUUCACUCACCAGUACGACCCAAAGCAUUACAGCCAGGUCCGGUGAGUCUAAAUGGUCCCCAGGAGGGUGUAACUCGUCUCUGGCCCAUGAGUUGUGGAAGGUCCCUCUGCCUCCUAAAGGUCUUUCAGCUCCUUCCCGCCCUCCUCCCGGUCUCACCAGCCACCCACAGAAACCCCUUCCAUCCUGGGGGGAAGCUCCUCUACGCUUGGGGGGCUGGGGGUCCUCUGACUCCAGAUACACACCUGGUUGUAGUUGGAGUGACGGUAGCAGCAGCUCAGGGAGAACCAACUGGCUCGUUCUCAAGAAUCUCACAACUCAGAUGGAUGGUUCUACUCUGAGGACUCUCUGUAUGCAGCACGGUCCUCUGAUUACAUUCCACCUCAACCUGCCGCACGGCAAUGCUGUGGUAUGUUACAGCUCCAAGGACGAGGCAGCCAAGGCACAGAAGAGUCUGCACAUGUGCGUACUAGGGAACACUACCAUCCUGGCUGAGUUUGCCAGUGAGGAGGAAAUCAACCGUUUCUUUGCACAAGGUCAGUCAUUGGCCGCUGCCUCCCCGGGCUGGCAGGCCAUUGGCUCCUCUCAGAGCCGAAUGGGCGGAGCCUUGGAGGGUUCCCACCCCUUCCCCAGCCGCGCCCCGGAGCCCAGUCAGUGGAACGUCAGCGACCUCCACAGCUCCUCCCUUUGGGGCGGGUUGAACUAUUCCACUAGCCUGGGCGCCAGCGAGGGCGGGAGGAUCAACAGCCCUUCUCCAAUCAGCUCCUUCCUCCCCGUGGAUCACCUGACAGGGGCGGGGACUCCAUGUAAAAGCCCGCCUCAGUCGAGCGUCAGUCAAACGCUGGACAGCGUGACGACAGACGGAAUAGUCUAGAAUCGUUACCGCCACAGUCUCAAACACAAAGACAAAAAAAGACUCGGUAAAUAAUACAAUGUAACUAGUUGGUCUCCUUCUCACUUACAAAUAUACAGGAGGGGGGGGUCACCCU